AUGAUUUAAAGGUUUUAUAUACAUUAUUAGAGGUAAUUUAAAUUAUUCAUAUAGAACUACACAUUAUUUUGUAUUUAGUAGUUUACUCAUAGACACACUAAGUUGAAAGUAUUAAACACAUAAGUACACAAUUUGUGAAGAUAAUAUAAUGGAAACUGGAAGUAUUAAUGUUGUAAAAUAUUUGUUAUACAUCUUUAAUGUGAUAUAUGGGAUUACAGGAGUGGCUUUAAUAGUUAUUGGCAUCAUUGUUAUUGUAGAUUUGGGACGUUUUUCAAAUUAUUUGAAUGCUUCAAUUAUAGUCCCUCCAAUAUUGUUUAUUAUAUUAGGUAUAUGUAUUAUAAUAUCGAGUAUAUUUGGAUUUUAUUGUAUUAACAAACAAAAUUUCAAUUUAUCAAUAAUGUUUACAUUAAUUUUACUAGCGGUUCUAGUAAUAGAAGUAUUAUUAUCUAUUAUGUCAUCUGUUUCCAAAGAAAAUUUUAAUAAUGAUUUAAGAUUUUCUCUAAAAACGUCCAUGGGAAAAUAUUCGUUUGAUGAAACUCAUCGGCAGUCGUGGUCUACGGUUCAACGAAAACUAGAAUGUUGUGGAGUUGAUACACCUAGAGAUUGGUCUAUUAUAUUUCCGGAAAAUCUAGUUCCUGUUUCAUGUUGUCAAAAUUUACCAGUUGAAUUAGGUGCAUUGUGCAGAAAUUUAUUUGACGAAAGAAUAAUUUAUCAAAAAGGAUGUUAUAACGGAUUAAACAAUCGAGUGAAAUCUAGAUUAACCAUUAUAAUGUAUAUUGCCUUGGCAUUUGGUCUUUUCCAGGUGGUUGGCAUCGUAUUAGCUUGCUUUUAUACGUAUCUAUUGAAAAAUGGCCAAGGAAGCAAGUAAGAUAAUUAUAGUUUAUUUUAAAUGAGAAGUUGUAAAAUUGCUGUACAUAUACUCAUCAUACGACUUGUAUAUAAAACAAGUAGAAAUUCACAUAGUAUUAUUCAAAGCAGAUGACAGCAGGAUGACGUAGGAUUUGAUACAAAUUAUUUAAAUAAAUCCUACAACCAAAAUACGUAUUCACGAGACACGUUAAGCCGUAAAGAUCAAUUAAACAAUUUAUUAGAUGCAUUAAGAAAACAAAGAAAAAAAAUGAAAU